UUCGCGCUACGGAGCUAAUUCCGAGCUGAAGCUGAAAUCCACAUUGCAGUUUUUCCGGCCAUCCACAGAUCGUUUACCUACAGCAUUAAGAGUUUACAUGGAUUUCUUCCUCAGGGUUACAAAUGUACCUUGGAAUAUUGAGACAUAUUUGGAAAACACUCACGACAGGAGCACACUGUCAACAGAUUGAGUGCAGCACAGUUCACGAUGCCGACCAAUCUGGAAGCCAGGACGGGUGCCCGAACGCACGGACGCUGAGACCGCACCGGCACCCACUGGCAAGUUCCGCCUCCCGUCCGCUCAGCCGCUCAACGACAGCACGGCAGCAACGGCGACCGACAUGCCGCGGAGGGCAGGCUUUCGGGUGACGGGUGAUGGUGAUGAUGGAUGAUGAGAACUUGGAUGCGACAAUGCCCGGCGCGCGCCUGUGGUGGGCACACAAAUGAACACACCACGAGGAAGAACUGUUUCGAUGUUCUGGCCAACCAGAGCUGGGCACGCCAUGCGCCCGCCAAAAAUGACAAGGCACAUCCACAAACUCGGGAGGGCUUCGCACUCUUAUCACUCACUGACAAUCUCACUCACUUGUUCAACCAUGAGGUGAGUCUCUCUGGCGAAGCAGUGCCUGGUGGGUGACACCAAGCUAUUCUCCCAGCUGCCGAACAAUGUUCACGGCACCCCUCGCAGCCCGGCAGCAGCCGUCAGCCCCCUGCUGUUCACCGCGAGACGCCGCUGUGAUUGGGCGAGGGUCCGACAACUGGGCGCUUACAACAACGCCGCAACGACGCUUGCUCGGGUCUCUCAUUGGAUCGUCAAGCUGUGAUUGACCGACCAGCUGCAUCUUUUCAGGCUAUCGCCUCUGGUCUGGGCGGCAGCACAGCACGGCAUGGACACACAAGAGAGGGGGAUGGACGGCUGGUUGGUUGCUUCCAGAGACCCCGAAAAUGCGAUGUGAAUUGCAGCUUUUAAUAUACAAUCACGGUUCGCCUGUCUCUUUUCCCCGCCUCUUAUUUCUGCUCCCCCCCGUGAUGUGCGAUUUGUGAACCCCAAGGCGACCUUUGCGACACUCUUUGCGAUCGCCAAUUGAAGACGUGGGUUUUGGCGGGCAGUGUGUGUGUCUCACCGGGGGACCGACUGCGAUUGCGACGGGAGAUCGAUGUGAGAUAGCCUCACGAGCCGGCGAUUUUGCUGGGUUUUUUGUUUGGAAGUGGGACGACAUCAACAUAUAUAUAUUCAAGUCGACGGCGCCGAGCCUCGAUAUUACCGGGUUAAAAAGUCUCAACACCAAGACGAUUCACAAUGGGCUACCGAAUUUUCCACCGCCCAUGGCGAGCAAAGCGGCCUCUGUAUUGGGGCAUGGUUCCCGAGCUCGCCGGCAUCAUUCCUCUUCUUGUUUUGUUUGGUGUUCAGCAACCGGAUGCCUGGAGGACGCUCUUCUGGCGCAUCGGCUCCGACUACAAGCUCAACUCGAGCCCGACGAUGAUUCUGUAUGCCUAUGCCAACCAUAGACCGCUCCCAACCAUUCCGUUUGUCUGGUCGCAAACACUAACAACCUUCAACGUGGCCAUCACCAUCGUCUCCCUCUUCAUCCUCCUCGCCAAGAUGAUCGCCGCCAUCAUGAAGAUUUUCUACCCCAUCAUCGGCACCGCAGUCGGCGUCUCCCUCACCGCGCUCUACGCCGUCAGCGUGUACGGACAGGCCGGACCAGACUAUGCCGACCCGAGAUACCCGAGCUGGACACCGUGGUACAUCCGCAAAUCGUGCGACCUCGCCAUCCCGUACAAUGCCGUCAAGAGCUGCCAAAUGUCCAAGGGGGCGUUUGCCGUGACGGUGUACAUGCUCGCGGUAUACGUCAUCCAGACUAGCUUCGCCAUCUGGGCCAUGUGGCCCAACAAAAUGCUUGACAUGAUGGACGACAGCGACGACGAGGAGGAAUACGGCUAUAACUCGGCGCAAAAGGACAAGGGGGUCAGCGUGGAGAUGACCACGCCGGUUAGUCCUGAGGAGGGGGAGAGUGGGGGUGGGGGGUAUUAUGGGCAUUAUCAACAACAGUUGCAACAACAACAACAACAACAAAUGAGUGGUGCUGCGGGGGGGAGUAGCAGUGGUGGUGGGUUCACGCAUAACCCCGCGCCUUUUACGCCGAGGACGCAGGCUUUCCAUACCCUGGAUCGGAAGUUGCCUUUGAGGGUUGAUACGUAUCGGUAAGGGGAGGGAAAAGGGGGAAGUGUAUGAUAUUUUUAUGUGAGGAAAGGAGGAGAAUACCCCUGCGAGAUAAAGCAAUCCUCUCUUUUUUUAUUUUUAUGUCGUCGACACAGUGUUUUUAUCACAUUUCUAAUUCUUUCUUGUCUCUGGUUGGGGUGGAAGGGAGACACUGGGCAGGGUCCGUUCGUUUCUUUCUUGAUCUUGAGGGACAGAGAACUAGGUCAGGGUAUGAGUGAUAGUGCUCAAAAUACAAAACAACCAUGAACAAUCAAUCAUGACAUCGGAAGUAAACAUGACAACAUUCUCAUUUUGCUC